GUUAGAUCGACCGUCUUCUUCCACUUUUGGCUGCACACCUAGAACACGGUUCGAAGAGGUAUAUAACCCGACGACGUCUCGUCCAACAUUGACGCUUGGGACCGCACAACAAUUACAACCCCAAUCCCAGCCACCCUCGGACUGCCGCAGCGAAACAUACAGUAUCGCUCUCUUCACUCUUACACAAGCUCGUUCACACUACUGCUACACCUAGACCAAAUCCGCGCCAACCCAUCUGUCUCCUUAUUACCCAGUACCCACAGGCACAAUGGCAGGAGCUGGGUCCGGGAUGUCUCUUCAUGACGGUCUCAAGGCUUUGACCGACGCUGACUUCAAGGUCGCCACGGUAGCGGCGUUUUGGAGAAACAACAAAUGGAAUUCACAUGUCCUUGUUGCCGACGGUGGAGAACCCGUUAUGAAUGUUGUUUUUCAGGCGGGCGAGUUCCCGGCCUCACUCAAGGCCAAGGUCGAGGAACACGCUAGUGGUGAACACGACACGGACAAAAACUGGUACAAGGUACUUCAUGGAACCGGCACAAGCACUCCCGACUCCUCCAAGACGAGCACCGGCAGCUCAGACCCAGCCACGCCGCCCAAGAUAUCCAAGGCACCGACGCAGUCGAACAACCAAGGUCCCGCCAGCUCAGCUCCUCCUGCCAGCUCAGCUCCUCCUGUGGCUAGCAUCCGUCGUAGCGACACCACAGCCAGCAAUAUCACCACGGCCACCACGGCCACUGCCACCACUGUGCAAACUCUACCAACUACACUAACAUCAGUAACCUCGGGUCUUGAAGCGUUGGCAAUGGACCACCCGCAUGGUAGUACAGUUGGCGAACUUUAUUUCCCCUUUGCCACGGCCCGGGAUAAUGAGGGACAGUAUCUCGGCUGGAUAUUCGCGCUUGACGAGACCUACCAGCACUGGAUGCUCAAGGAUACCGACAAGGGUGUUAUUAAAAAGGUAAAGGAAGGCUCGUAUGGGGACGAAAUGGCAGAAAUGUUUGAGGACGGUAUUAGGGGCUUUGCCCUUCCUGUCGACUGCCUCGAUAACAACAGAUGUUUCACGAUGGAAGAAAUGAAACAUUUUUCUAGCCAAGGAACCAAGAAGCCACUGAAAAUGUCACUAGCGCCUCUGGGCGAGACUGCCUCGCACCUGAAAACGGCGAACCAGAUGUUGAAGCAAAGACGAGACAAAUUGUUGCAAAAGAAGCACUAAACUUUAAGCCGCCCAACGUCCAGUCUGGCACCCUCGACCACACCACCCCUGCCACCACACACUCAUUCCAUUGACCGAAGGCAUGGCUGGCGAGACGUGUUAUAAAACCCCCCCUCCCCGCUGGGACGGGAAGCAAGCCUACGCCGUGGGGGGCUGUCCUCCCAACUUUCAGACAUGGCAGGCCGUGUCGUCAAGCAUGGAUGGGCUGGAAUAAUAUUUGGGAACAGAGGUGGAACGCGGGUUUUUCGUUCCUUACUUUUUUUUCUCCAUUAUAUGUGCGUGUGUGUGCGGGUGGUUGGUAGUUGCCUUGGUGUUGCAGGUCCGACAGAUACUCGGCUUUGCGAGC